AUGAUCGCACGAGCAGAACGAUCGCACAAUCCGCCUGCUCGUACGAUCCAUUACUGUAGCUCGCACGAUCCAUUAGUUCGCACGAUCCACCUGCUUGCACGAUCCGCCUACUCACACGAUCCGCCUACUCACACGAUCCGCCUACUCACACGAUCCGCUUGCUCGUACGAUCCACCUGCUUGCACGAUUCCCCAGCUCGCACGCUUCUUACACACUUGGCGCCUUUUGGUCACCACUAUCAUCAUCAUAAAUCUUAUUAAGGGGCAUCUGCAGAGAGACUUUAUGUUAGGAUGCCCCCACUAA